UUGAUACUAAAAAGAUCAAGAAUCAGUAAAUCAGGGAAUCCGGGUCAUGGAAAUCUGAUCCUCUUAUCCUAACCCAGGACAAGCAAAAUAGUUGCAACCAAACACAUCAAUGCCAAGCGGUGAAGCCCAAGAAACGAUCUAACUUCACCACAAACUGCAAAACAUGGAGGGCAUUGUGGGAACUGCUUCAGCUGCGGCGAGCUUUGCGUCUGGACUAUUCCCUUCUCACUCAUCCAAGUCAGCGUCUUUCUUUCUUCCCCCAGCAUCAGGGCUGAGUUCAGGGAGGAAGUUCUAUGGUGGAAUUGGAGUUGCCCUGAGAAAAGAGAGGUUUCAGUUUCGUGUAUCAAUUUCUAAAGUUGCCACUGAGAGUAGUCCCGCGCAAUCACAGUUUCAAGUGCAGAAACUCGCUGCUUCUAAGGAGAGCCAGAGGCCGGUUUAUCCGUUUGCUGCUAUAGUUGGACAAGAUGAGAUGAAACUAUGUCUUCUGUUGAAUGUGAUUGACCCGAAGAUUGGAGGUGUGAUGAUAAUGGGUGACAGGGGAACAGGGAAGUCCACAACAGUUAGGUCUAUGGUGGAUUUACUACCUGAAAUUAAAGUAGUUUCCGGUGAUGCAUUUAAUUCAGAUCCAGAGGAUCCGGAAGUGCAGGGCCCUGAAGUACGUGAGAAACUCAUGAGAGGAGAAGAACUCUCGGUCGUAUUCACCAAAAUAAACAUGGUUGAUUUGCCUCUUGGUGCCACAGAAGAUAGAGUUUGUGGUACAAUUGACAUUGAAAAGGCCCUUACUGAAGGUGUGAAGGCAUUUGAACCUGGCCUCCUGGCAAAAGCUAACAGAGGAAUUCUUUAUGUUGAUGAGGUUAAUCUUCUUGAUGACCAUUUGGUCGACGUUCUUUUGGACUCUGCUGCCUCUGGCUGGAACACCGUGGAAAGGGAGGGCAUCUCAAUUUCCCACCCAGCCAGGUUCAUACUCAUCGGUUCUGGUAAUCCAGAAGAGGGAGAACUUAGGCCCCAACUUCUUGAUCGAUUUGGAAUGCAUGCACAAGUUGGAACGGUGAAAGAUGCUGAGCUCCGAGUGAAAAUUGUUGAGGAAAGAGCACGGUUCGACAGAAAUCCCAAAGAAUUCCGGGAAUCAUACAAGGCAGCCCAAGAGAAACUCCAGCGGCAAAUUGCCUCUGCCAGGAGUUCUCUAUCUGCUGUUACCAUCGACCAAGAUCUUAAAGUGAAAAUCUCAGAGGUUUGUGCUGAGCUGAAUGUUGAUGGAUUGAGAGGUGAUAUAGUAACCAACAGGGCAGCAAGAGCCUUGGCUGCUCUGAAAGGAAAAGAUGAAGUAGCUGCAGAGGAUAUCGCCACUGUCAUUCCUAACUGCUUGAGACAUCGUCUCAGGAAGGAUCCUUUAGAGUCAAUAGACUCGGGCUUGCUUGUGCUUGAGAAAUUCUACGAGGUUUUUACCUAGGUUUUUACCUAGGUUUUACAUUUCUUUCUCAUUCAUUUUGUUCUGGGAUCGUAGUAGAAAUGAUUGUAGAACUUUUUGGUACAAAUCUCAGUUCUGAUUUGAUCAUCAAUUCUAGUUCUAGAGCUGCAAUACAGAGAAAGAGUAAAGCUAUUACUGUAGUAGGCUUAAGGCUGAUAUGAUCCAUUGUAAUAAGGAAUUCUUUCUUUCUAGUCUUCUCUUUGAAAUUGUAGGAAAUUCAUCUUGUUUUCUCUAUUUUUGCUAUAAUAUGGUGUUUCGUAUUA